CUUGUGGUAAACCUGCAACGAGAGAGUGAUGCCGCAGGAGGGCCGGAAAAUCAAAAAUUUCCCGUGACCAAGACUGAGAAAUACCGUGGUCUCACAAUUUUGGAAAUGUUACAUCAGGUGAAUUUGUGUGAAUUGAAUUGUUCGUUCAGCCAACAAGUGAUUUGAUUAAAGUAGACGCGCUUAUAAGUGGGGAUAACUUCUAAUUAACGAAAUUCCCCUACCUCACUUUUCGGGGGGCUAUAUCCAAAGAGGCAUUCAAGUUAUAUUUCCAGACAUCCUGACAAUAAAAAAAUGAAGUCUGACGUCUAUUCCUGAUGAUUUUCUGGUCUUCCAAACACGAAAUCAUGUAAAACAGCCAUGACGGAAUUUUAUUAAAAAGUAUUGUUUUUUGUUUUUUUUUCUGUGGGAGAAUUUUGUCAAGUUUUUGAAAAUUUAUGAACAAUCAAUUCGUUUUGGCAAAAUUAUUUGCCAAAAAAAAAAAAUAAAUAAAUUUUAGCGGUGGUGAUUUAAUAGUGAAUUUAGAAAUCCGAUUUUCGUCGGAGGUUUAAAGGACACCGCGAGAUGGAUAACAAAAAGGACCUAUGUUCUACGAAUUGAUGGGUAUAUGCUUUUCCUGCAGGAGACCCACGAGUAGUCGCCUUAACAACAAAAUCUCAGAGCACAUCUCGGCGUCGGUAACACCCCUCCAUGUUUGUCUGGAGGAACAAAGAGGACCAGAAUUGGGUUCGUGUAAUACCACGGCUCGAAAGCCACAGAUUAAGGCUCCCCAGGAAAAACGGGAGGAUAGAGAGGAAGGUGGUGAGGAGGAAACCGAAGCAGAUUCGGUCGGAAGUGAAGCCAGCGAGGUAAAACAAAAUCAACCAAGCAUGGCAAACACCAUCAGCAACAUUAAAAUGACCAACCCCAUAAAGGGGUUGGUCAGUAAACGGCGAAAGCGUUUUACCGAAGAUGGAUUCGAUCUUGAUCUCUCAUAUAUAAAACAUAAUUUAAUAGCUAUGGGAUUCCCGGCUGAAAAGCUCGAGGGAGUUUAUAGGAACCACAUUGAUGAUGUGGUUAAAUUAUUAGAGUCCAAACACAAGGAUCAUUAUAAAAUUUAUAAUCUCUGCUCUGAAAGGUCGUACGACUGUAAAAAAUUCAAGCAAAGAGUGGCAACUUACGCAUUUGAUGAUCACAAUCCACCAAUGUUGGAACUUAUAAAACCAUUUUGCGAAGAUGUUCAUAAAUGGCUGUCAGAGGAUAAAGAUAACGUUGCAGUUGUUCAUUGUAAAGCAGGUAAAGGACGAACGGGUGUUAUGGUAUGUUGCUAUCUUCUGCAUAGUCAUCAAUUUCCAUCCGCAAAUGAAGCCCUCAAAUUUUAUGGAAACAAAAGAACCACUGAUAUGAAAGGGGUGACAAUACCUUCGCAAAGAAGAUACGUCGGUUAUUAUGCGACAUUAGUAAAAGAAGGUCUUCAUUACGAGCCAGUAACUUUAAUUUUACGUCAAAUAAAACUGGACCCUGCACCUAUUUUUAACGGAAGCCAAGGCUACGUGCAUUUUGUGAUAUCGGAAGGUAAAAGAAAAAUAUUUACCUCUGACCCGUUCGAAGUACGAAAAAACACUAACUCCUUACCUCUAGUAAUGCCUCUAAAACACAGUGUUCCUGUCACUGGUGACAUUCGAAUAGAGUUCUUCAACAGGCCAAAAAUGAAGAGAAAAGAAAAAAUGUUUCAUUUUUGGAUAAAUACAUUUUUUGUACGAGAUCAUUUGACGUCGGAAUAUGACAAUGGAGAACUUCCAGUGGAAAGAUCGACGAGAGCAUUGAGUUGUGAUGGAACUGCGAUGGAGCUUCCCAUGGUUACUUCACACACAAAACAGAGAACUGGCAGUUUAGCGAGUUUAGGUCCUACGCCACCAACUCUUGUAGUCAAUAUAGACAAGUGGGGCUUGGAUGAUGCCCAUAAGGACAAACAUCACAAACUCUACGAUGCAAAUUUCAAAGUAACUUUAUAUUUGCAUCGUGUAGGUGGGAACAUUCCGUCUACAGUGCCAGGAACAAUGAGCAGGGAAGGUGAGAAUGUACAAAUUGGAAUGGGAGGACAGGAGACGCCAAGUGAAUCGAGUGAAGCUGACAGUAGUGAGUGUGACACCACUGGUGACGAGGAUGGUUGGGAAUCGGUGGAUCAACGUGUGGGCCGAUACCGUCUUCUGUCUGAUGGAGGGAUGAUUAAUAUUAUGGGAGUCGACGUACUUGUGACUUUGUGACUUGACUGAUGGCGGGCCAAUCAGAGCUAAUCUCCUCACAGACGAUCAACUCCCAAGUGCAACGCACCGCUUGAUUAUCAAUCAAUUGUUCAAUCGAUUGAUCAUCGUCAUCCUGCUGUCAUCCGCCAAGCAUGCAAAACAAAAACAAAAAAAACCCCGCAUUCUCCCUUAUAAAAAAAAAAUUCUUCGGACAAGCCUGUGAUGCAUUGUCAAUUUUAUGACUAUUAAUUUAUAGACCAUAUAGUUAAUUAGACCGAUUGUAAGACUUUUUUUUUUCUCAAACGAUUAUAACGUCGGUGUCAACCGCUAAAUAGUUUUUUUUUAAAUUUUUUUUUCCUAUUUAAAAGUGUAGUUAAGAACUACUCAAAAAGCAAUGUUUUAACUUAGUUAGACAUUGUUUCUUUUUAAACUACAGUUAGAGGCUAGAAAAUUAUUUAAUUUUCAUACAUAUUUUUUUUUGAGUAACAAUAGUUCAUAUGUAAGUUUUCAUCAAUCUUUUUUUUUUUUUUUAGUAGAAAAAAAAACAAUCCUUACCGACUCUUGUUCUAGCUUUGAAUUUUAUACUUUUUGUUGCAAGAAAAAAAAAUUAGGUUUAAUACUUUAUUGUACAGUAUUACAAAUUCAAGGCGAGUUUUAUCUCGUGGGUUGUACAUAUAUUAUAUUUUCAAGUAUGUAAUUGAAUUUAAACAAUUAUGAUUUUUUUUCACACA